UCCGGUCCCUGGCGGAAGACUCCCGCCGGCGGACCGGGAAGUAGCUGAAGCUUGGGCGAUGGCAGUUCUGGACGCCUCGCUCUGGGGCAGACCCGCGGCCACCGUGCCCCCGCGGUAGACCCGACCUGGGUGACGGGCCCCAGGGUCCCGAGGUGAAGAGUGUCGAGGGCUGAACUGAGACCUUAGAAGGGAACUGGGACCCCUGACGGCCCUUAUGGGAUGGAGGGGUCUAAGACGUCCAGCAGCACCAUGCAGGUGAGCUUCGUGUGCCAGCGCUGCAGCCAGCCCCUGAAGCUGGACACGAGCUUCAAGAUCCUGGAUCGUGUCACCAUCCAGGAGCUCACAGCUCCAUUACUUGCCACAGCCCAGACAAAACCAGGAGAGACCCAAGAGGACGAGGCUAACUCAGGAGAGGAGCCAUUUAUUGAAACUCGUCAGGAUGGUGUCUCUCGCAGAUUCAUCCCCCCAGCCAGGAUGAUGUCCACAGAAAGUGCCAACAGCUUCACUCUGAUCGGGGAGGCAUCCGAUGGUGGCACCAUGGAGAACCUCAGCCGAAGACUGAAGGUCACUGGGGACCUUUUUGACAUCAUGUCGGGCCAGACAGAUGUGGAUCACCCGCUGUGUGAGGAAUGCACAGAUACUCUCUUAGACCAGCUGGACACUCAGCUCAACGUCACUGAAAAUGAGUGUCAGAACUACAAACGCUGUUUGGAGAUCUUAGAGCAAAUGAAUGAGGAUGACAGUGAACAGCUACAGAUGGAGUUACAGGAGCUGGCAUUAGAGGAGGAGAGGCUGAUCCAGGAGCUGGAAGAUGUGGAAAAGAACCGCAAAGUGGUUGCAGAAAAUCUUGAGAAGGUCCAGGCUGAGGCUGAAAGACUGGAUCAAGAAGAAGCUCAGUAUCAGAGGGAAUACAGUGAAUUUAAACGACAACAGCUGGAGCUGGAUGAUGAGUUAAAAAGUGUAGAAAACCAGAUGCGCUAUGCCCAGAUGCAGCUGGAUAAACUGAAGAAAACCAACGUCUUCAAUGCAACCUUCCACAUCUGGCAUAGUGGACAAUUUGGCACGAUCAAUAACUUCAGACUGGGGCGCCUGCCCAGUGUUCCUGUAGAAUGGAAUGAGAUUAAUGCUGCUUGGGGCCAGACAGUGUUGCUGCUCCAUGCUCUGGCCAAUAAGAUGGGCCUGAAAUUUCAGAGGUAUCGACUUGUUCCUUAUGGAAAUCAUUCCUAUCUGGAAUCUCUGACAGACAAAUCUAAGGAGCUGCCAUUGUACUGUUCUGGGGGAUUGCGGUUUUUCUGGGAUAACAAGUUUGACCAUGCCAUGGUGGCUUUCCUGGACUGUGUACAGCAGUUCAAAGAAGAGGUUGAGAAAGGCGAGACACGCUUUUGUCUUCCUUACAGGAUGGAUGUGGAGAAAGGCAAGAUUGAAGACACAGGAGGCAGUGGCGGUUCCUAUUCCAUCAAAACCCAGUUUAACUCUGAGGAACAGUGGACAAAAGCUCUCAAGUUCAUGCUGACAAAUCUUAAGUGGGGUCUUGCUUGGGUAUCCUCACAAUUUUAUAACAAAUAACUUUAUUUUUUUCCUUUGGGGCUGUUUGCCUUAAAGGCUUUAAAUUUUGUUUUGUUUGCAUAAAGAAAAAUGUUUUAAAUUAAAUUUGGGGUAAUAUUGUUAAUAUUAAAUAGCACAUGUUUACAAUACCAAAAAAGAAAAAAAAUCCACAAAAGCCACUUUAUUUUAAAAUACCACAUGACAGAGAGUUUGUAGAGUUAUAACAUGCCAUGUAUAGUUACCAGCCCUUCCCUUGUCAUAGUUUGGACUCUUAAACUCAUGCCGGCUUUUCCCUGUCUUUCCUGAAACAACUAAUUUAAAUUUGCUUUUUUUUUUUUUUGUUUAAUGAAGUUGAAUUGAGAUCGAUGUGUUUUCACUGGAGUCUCUCAACUUCCUACAUUUACAAAUAUAAAAUAGAAACUUUCGUCUCCACGGUGACAGCAAGAUGUUUGAGACCCACACUUAGAAAACAUGGGAAAAUGACAUCUGAGCUUUGCCUGGUCACCUUGUGAUAUGAUCAGAAGCUUGAAAUUUAACACUUCUCAUGUGGUAGUACGGAAUGCCUACUCUGCUCUGUGUUAGAGAUAUGAAAUGGUAUUUGAUACUGUUUGAGACAUUAUGGAGAGAUUUAAUUAUUUGUAAUAAAAGAUUUGCUACAGUCUGA